AUGACAGCUAAAGAAGACUACAGUGCACUUGUCCAUGGCCUGUGUAGCCUGGACUUCUCUGGAGACAGCAGACCCUGCCAGCUUCUCCUGACUGGUGACACGGCCUUCCCAGUGUUAGUGACACCAGCACAACAUGUCCUUCUGGCUGCCUCAAAGUAUGAGAAGGGUAAAAUAGUGGUCAUGAGCCAUGACUCCUAUUUAGACCAACCUCAAUUCAUGGAUUUCCUGAAGAACGCUAUAUCCUGGCUGAAACCAUCUUUGGAAUCAGUAAUUGGAAUUAACAACAAUCUAGAUCACCUGGAGCAGACUCUGUCCUCCUCUGGACACAAGGUAGAAAAGGUGUCUGGUCUGAAGAAUGAUCUAGGGGUGUUCUGCACUACUGGAUAUGAUGACAGCCAGGCAGAAGAUAUUGUCACAUUCUUGAGACAAGGUGGAGGUGUGCUUAUUGGCGCUCAAGCUGUGGACUGGUCUCAAUCUCACCAACAGGAAAAUGUCCUGUGUCAUUUUCCUGGGAACAAAAUAAUAUCAGUUGCUGGAGUGUAUUUCACUGACAAAUAUGGAGAGAAAGGGAGCUUCCCUGUGAGUGAGAACAUACCAUGGAUUCCAAUGUAUCAAGAAUACAGUAUAGAUUUUUCAGUGGAUCUAAAGCAUCUGAUGCAAGGUGUUAAUGACUUGGACAUCAGUGGAGGAUGUUUGCCAUCAGAACUUCUUCUUCAUGGACCUCUAACAUUUCCAGUUGGGCUCAGCAACAACAAUCAAUGCUUUUUUGGAGCUGCAUACUACGGCAGAGGACGCGUUGUUGUAGGAACACAUGAAAGUUUCCUGGACAAACAAGAGCUAAAGACCUUCAUUCUCAAUGCUGUUUCCUGGCUAGACAUGGGCAGAAAUGGAAGGAUUGGUGUUAAACAACUGGGAAAUUUCUACCGUAUAUUACAAAAUGAAGGUUUAUCUUGUGUGGCUUCUGACUUGAUUCCUGGUCUCAGUGUUUAUUGCUGCACCUCGUACAGUGAUGCAGAAGCUGAAAAGAUUCAUAGAUUUGUAGCAGAAGGUGGUGGUCUGCUCAUCGCUGGCCAUGCCUGGUACUGGGCUUACUCCAACCCAAAUGUACUUUCCCAGUACCCAGGUAACAAAAUCCUCAACAAGUUUGGAAUUAGUAUUCUAUCAGGAACAGUCGGGCAAGGAGUUUAUAAGGCUUUGGAUCUCAAAACAUUUGAUAGUACAUACCACUUCCCUAGGGCAGUCUGCGAGCUGCUAAGAGACUUGAAAAGUGGAGUUGAGCUAAAACCAUAUCUCAGCUCUUGGCUGGACAAGCUCAGACAAGAUGUCUCAUCAUACAUGAAGCUUCCAGCCAGCCCUCUCACCUCGUCACUACAGCAAGAACUAGCAAAUUUAGUAAAAGGGGGUCAUUUACCUACUGUCAGUAAACAGUGUCCUGUGAAAAAAAACACCAAAGAGGCUUUUAUGGUGUGUUUGGCUCAAGACGUCAGCUGCCUUGAAUGUCUGGAUGACAGUGGGGAAGCCUCUCCUCCAGCACUCUUACCUCCCACACAGAUUACAUUAACAUUUACUGCAUUACUCCCAGGUGCCGAUGCAUGGAGAAGUACAGGACUCUUUCUGCCCCCUGGAAAAACUGCAGUACUAAUGUUUCCAGCAUCAGCUGCUGGACAAGGUCUUCAGGUUCAGGUUGGCUGCCACUCAGAUAACUUGAAUGGAGCAGAGGAGUUCUGUCGUGCUCCUGUGGUUAUACAUCAGAAAGAUGUUAGUGGAGAAAAAGUGAAAAUAUCUUGUAUAUGGGGAGGUCUUCUAUAUGUUAUUGUUAAAGCAAAAAGCCAGUUGGGUCUGAUUCCAGUUACAGUGUAUGGUGCGGAACAUGCCCCAACAUUCAUUAAGGGUCAGACUAGCCUCUCUUCCUGGCAGCAAACAAUUCGUAAUUAUCCAGCUCCUUGGGCUGAACUUGUUACAGAAAAUAUCAUUCUUACUGUGCCUUCUGAUACCAUCCGCUCACUAGACGAUCCAGAAACGUUGAUGUUGUUGUGGGACGAUAUCAUGGCAUCCAUUGCUGAUCUGGCAGCAAUUCCUAAGAAAUUUCCCCGUCCAGAAAGGUUUGUGACAGAUGUGCAGAUUUCAGCUGGGUUGGAUGCAUGCUGGAUACCAAUAAUGUGUCAUUUAGAGACAGCACCAGAUAUAACCAAUGCUGAGCAUAUACAGAAAACUGGUAUCUGGGGACCUAUACAUGAACUUGGCCACAAUGAGCAGAGGGGAAAUUGGGAAUUUCCACCUCAUACCACAGAAGCAACAUGUAACCUCUGGUCAGUAUAUGUCCAUGAAACUCUCCUGCAUAUUCCAAGGAAUCAAGCGCAUCCUGCACUAAAGCCAGAAGAGCGGGAAACUCGAAUCCAGCAAUAUUUAAAAGAUGGAGCCCAGCUGGAACAAUGGAGUGUGUGGACUGCUCUGGAGACCUACCUUCAGUUACAAGAAAGCUUUGGAUGGGAUCCCUUCAAGCAACUAUUUGCAGAAUACCAGAAGCUGUCAAAUGUCAGUAGCAACAAUUCAGAUAAGAUGAAUCUCUGGGCGGAGAAGUUCUCUCAAGCUGUCAAUAAGAACUUGGCUCCAUUCUUCAAGUCCUGGGGGUGGCCAAUUGAGGAGAAUAUCAGCCAGAAGUUAUCCACAUUGCCCAUGUGGGAGGAGGAUCCUAUGAAGAAGUACACCAGUUCUGAGUAA